GUCCUGGCGAAAGCGAGAGCGCUAAAAUGGAGGCGGAAAGAUCCGGCGGAGUAGCAGGGGGAACGAACCAGAACUCUGGAGGCAGCGGCGUGGGGCGCAAUCCGAACGGGCCGAAAUCGGUACUCGGGCAGGCGACGACGGAAGCGGCCGCGGCGGCAUCAGCGGCCGGGGCGAUGGCUGGGUCGUCGCAGCCUCGGGAACCGCAAGACGGCGACGCAGGCCUAUCGCUUCCUGGGAUCUUGCACUUUAUCCAGUUCGAAUGGGGACGCUUCCAGGCCGAGAAAUAUCGCUGGGAGGCCGAGAGAGACGAACUCAGGGCUCAGGUGACGUUCCUCCAGGGUGAGAGGAAGGGGCAGGAGAACAUGAAGCAGGACCUGGUCAGGAGGAUAAAGAUGCUGGAGUACGCCCUUAAACAAGAGAGGUCCAAACACCAGAAGUUGAAGACAGGCAGUGACCAGAGCCCAGGGGAGAAGAAACCAGAGGCAGAACAAGUGCCCAAUGGGCCAGCAGAAUCUGAAUCUGAGCCAGCCAAUCAGAUGUCCUGGAAGGAGGGCCGUCAGCUACUGCGCAAGUACCUGGAGGAGGUGGGCUACUCGGACACCAUCCUGGACAUGCGUUCGAAGCGUGUGCGCUCCCUGCUGGGUCGUACCAGCCCCGAGGCUAACGGCGCCCCGGCCAGCAGCGAGGAGCAGCCCGCCCCGGACCCCGAGCCCCUGGCAGGGGGGGAGUCACUCCUCAUCAGACAGAUAGAGGAGCAGAUCAAGAGGAACGCGGCGGGGAAGGAUGGUUCUAAGGAGCGUCUGAGCGGUUCCGUGCUGGAUAAGAUCCCCUUCCUACACGGCUGCCAGGAUGAUGAUGAGGAUGACAGUGAUGAGGAAGAUGACUUCCAGGGCAUGGGCACGGACCGUAUAGAUGGGCAGCGCAACAAGAACAAGAAGCCUCGCGUUAAGAUGGGGACUGAGCCCAUGACCACAGACCUGGACCCUGAUGAUGAGGAGGACGAAGACGACUCUGAGGAUGCUCUGAGCGAGUUUGACUUCCUGGGAUCAGGGGAGGAGGGGGAGGGGGCGGGAGAGGCCCGUAUCUCAGGGGACGGCCGGGAGUUAGAGAAGCGCAGGAACAAGUUACAGGGCAUGAUGUCGGACUUCCCCCCCAAACCCUCCCCGCCCCCCCUCUGUGGCGCUCUGGGUUUUUCCUCUGACGUCUUCAUCCUGGACGCCGUCGGGGGCGGAGACAUGAACCUGGGAGAGCUGGCUGACCUCACCGUGGCCAACGACAACGACCUCACCGUGGAUCUGCAGGAUAACCGGGAGGAGUUCAAGAAGACGUGGAACCCUCGCUUCACGCUGCGUAGCCACUUUGAUGCCAUCAGAGCGUUGAUGUUCCACCCCAGCCAGGCCGUUCUACUCACAGCCUCCGAGGAUGGAACCCUGAAGCUGUGGAACCUCAACAAGGCCAUACACUCCAAGAAAAAUGCAGCGCUGGACGUUGAACCCAUCUACACCUUCAGAGCCCACAGUGGUGCCGUUCUGUCUCUGGCAAUGGGAGAGGACGGAGACUCGUGCUACAGCGGGGGUCUGGACGGAACCGUGCGCUGCUGGAAGAUCCCUGACUUUAACGUGGAUCCCUACGACAACUACGACCCGGGUAUAGAGAGCAAUGUGUUGUUGGGUCAUGAGGACUCGGUGUGGAGUCUGACGUACUCUGCUGCCCACCAUCGCCUGGCCUCCUGCUCCGCAGACGGGACCGUUCGCAUCUGGGACCCACAGAACUCUGCCCCCUGUCUCUCCGUCUUCAACAAGGAGAAAGAACACGGAACGCCCACCUCGGUGGCCUUUGUGAACUCUGACCCCAACCAGGCAGUGGUGUCAUUCGACGGCGGCGAGACGCUGCUCUAUGACCUCACCACAGAGCAGAGCAUCAUGGUCCUGGACACCGGCACCAAGGACGGCAGUGAGCUGAUUAACUGUGUGGUCAGCCACCCCUCGGAGCCCAUCUCCAUCACCGCACACGAGAACCGCACUAUCCGCUAUCUGGACAACAAGACAGGUAAACUGAUCCACUCCAUGGUGGCACACCUGGAUGCUGUCACCUGUCUGACCACGGACCCCAAAGGCACUUACCUCAUCUCUGGCAGCCAUGACUGUUCGGUGCGUCUGUGGAUGCUGGACAACAGGACGUGUGUGCAGGAGAUCACGGCCCACAGGAAGAAGCACGACGAGGCCAUUCACGACGUGGCCUUCCACCCCUCGCAGCCCUUCAUCGCCUCGGCUGGCGCCGACGCACUCGCCAAGGUCUUCGUCUGAGAGGAGGCACAGACAGGGACUCAACAUCAUCCUCACUGCCCGACUAACACAACUCGGCCAGAGGAGAGUGAUGACUACAAUGGACGAACCUCACACACAAUUCCACAUUCACAGUUACACACAUACCCAUCCAGUGACAUACACACACAAAAACUGUUGUCCUGCACCCCACUGGCUGGGUCAUCGCCAACAGGACACUAUUAACCACAGUUCUCUAGCUGAUCCCAUGAUGCCUCAGUAACUUGUUGCAAUACUAACCAUACUGCUUUUCUAACGACUAGAUCGGACUGCUCGGUUUAUUAGGUCAGUUUACUACACUACAAUACUCUCAUUCAUUUCUACUUUUUACAGUCCACUGGCGGUUAUUAUAAGACAAUGUGUGUUGACUUGGAUCACUACGCAUGCUGAUGCGGCACCUACUAUGACGCGGCGCGCACCCGGGUUCACUUUCAGUUUAAAGCUUUUUGGUUUUUUAAGAGAUAAGAAGCUUAGCUCACCAGUUGCUAACACACGUAAGCACCUAACUACAGUAGAGUCCAGUACCCACCCGUUGAUGGCAGUAGCAAUUGUCUGCUGCACCACAGUGUGGGGGAACAAUGCAUUUCAUUCCAAAGACUUCUGAGGGUUUUAGUUUUUUUGUGUGUGUGUGUUUUGGAGACGCCUCCUAACCGGUGUUGGACAAACGGCUUUAAUAUCAGCCUCAUCGCCAAGAUACGAAGUCUGAGCGUUUGUGUGUCCGGUAUUGUACGGUCAUCCAUUUUAGUAGAAAGGUGUGUUUGUGUGUGUGUGUGUUGCACUUGUUUAAUCUUGGUGCUAAGACCUCAUCAGUCCGAGUCUGAAUCAGGGACCUGUUUUCAUUCGAGGUGUGUGUGUGUGUGUGUAUGUGUGUGUGUGUGUGUGUGUGUGGGAGGGGGGUCCUGAUUGUCUCUCACUGGGAUAUUUGUCAUCAAAAGUAGCAUGAUAUAGCUUGUAUCGUCACUCUCCAGCCACGUCAACUGUUUGUGUUGAGAUACUGUAUGGGUCAUUUGUAUCUCAUAGGAAACUAACACGCUAUGCUAAGCAGACACUUUUCUACUGGUUUCUUUUUAUAUAUAGUGUGUGUGUGUGUGUGUGUGUGUGUGUGAAGUUUUGUCAUUUCAUCGGGACAGCUGGUUUGUGAAAGAGUAUGUGGAGAUGACGGGAGUAAUUUAAUGUUGAUGCCGCAGUAACCCCUCUGACUGAAACGGUGGACAUUACCAGAAAGUGGUGUCCUGUAUUCUCUCUCUGUCCCUUAAGUCGGCAUCUAGUCACAACGGCCUUUGGAAACAAUCUUAUUGUCCAAUGAAAUGACUGUUGUUGAUUAGGUUUCUGUUUCUUGUGCGGGGGGGGGGGGGGGGGGGGGGGGUUGCACUGAAUUGCCCAGAGUGCUCAUAGUGGGAAACUGGUGCCUCUCUCCCGUGUUAACGGGGCCAGCAGGAUACAUUUGCCCCCAGGAUAUGGGAACAAAAGCCACAUAAAGAGCCCUCCUUCCUCUCCCUUUCCCCUUUGGAGAGGAAACAAGAACAAACACUACCUGAAUUCCCCCCCCCCCCAAGACCCAAGACCCUUUACAUUGGCCUCCGACGAAGACUGAGUUUAGACAGGGCUGGUGACCGUUCACCAAGCCACCACUUUGUGCUUGGAUUAUUGCGGAGCUGUUUUUCCUGGAAGUGGUAACGAGGUUGGACAAAGGGCGGAGCCUUGGGCGUCUGUUAAAGACUGACAUAUAGGUCAGAGGUCAGGGGUGAUGUCGUUGAGUAACCGGCCUCCUGCAUCCUUCAAGUUUAUUUUUGAACUUUCCGGGGUGGAAGAUAGGCGGCGGGUAGUGGUGGGGGGGGGGGGCCCGAGGGCAGAUCUCUGGCUGUGGAAACAUGGUUCCACCAGACCAGGGCAGAGCAGGGCAUGGCAGUAAAGAUUGAAUGGCCCAGUAGCUCCAUGUCAAUCAGUAACUGGCCCCGAGCUGACCCCCCCCCCAAACCUACUAAUCAACCCCUAGCACAUACAUCAGAGGGAGGGGGUAGAACUCGUCUCAAACCACUGAUACCAGAUCAGGUAUUUUUUCCAUCCCCUUAAUGGUUAAAGUCAGCAUUGGGGUUAGGGUAAUCUAAUCCUAGAUAUGUGGUUAAGGUCAACUUUAACCAAGAGCGCCUACAUGCAACAGGGUCGCUACAGGGGUCAGAGAAUCAAAGGUUGCUGGUAAAAAAAUGACUGAGAGGUCAACGUUUCUCUCCACUGCAAGACCUUCUGGGAAGCCACUCUCUCUGGUUAGACAGGUUUGUGUGGGCUUGGUUUAGUUAAUGUCAGCUUCAUGUGUUUGCUUUUACAUGAUGGUUUCAGAUGCAUUGAAUUUGAUGAGGCAGAGAGAAUGCCUAAGUGCUACUUACUGUAGCACACUGGGUGCUGUCAUGCGUUGUUGUUGAGAGGAUAACUAUAGUUCGCAGUUGUCAAUCACCCAGCUGAUGGUAUCACCCACCUCUUGGAAGUCCGGUGGCCAUUUUUUGUGUAACAGUGCAUCCACUCCCACCAACGUUAUAGCUUCCAUACGAAGUGCAUUCCAGUGACACACUAACUAACGGUUGGCUAUAUGCUGCAUUACAUCAGCUGCACUAGACCCCAAGACUAGACCAAGAGGUUACCUGGAGCCUGUUUGUGUCUUAGUGCGGCUGUGGAGCCCAUGGCCCAGUUUCCCAAAAGAGUCUUAAAGAGCGACUGGCCCUAAAAAGUAGCAUUGGUGUAGCAUCGGUGUGAGUCAGAAGCAUUUAUUUUACUGUCAAAAUUGACUACAAUGUGCAACUAGAAUAAUUUUGGUCAUAAAGUCAGUCUUGUCCAAAACGGAGAUUUGCGACAUAGGAAAAAAAUGAAAAGGAAUGGAAAGUACCAUAACAGUUUUCCAUAGGUUGGGUUUAUUUGAAUCUUUCCCACAGCUGGCUGCACCCAAGUAAUCAUCAAUUCUGAGUGCAGCUGCAUCAUGACCCAAUGUAAUGUUCAUGGUCAAUUUGGUUUGACUUUGAAUAUCCUUAUGGGGCAAGUUAGGAACCAUCAGUAAAUUACACAAUGUACAUUGGACAAUAUUUGAAAUGUUCAAACCAACUAUACAAUGCAGAAAACCAACUAUAAAUCAUAUCGCAAUAUUGAAAGCAAUUAAUGAGACACCUAAAAGAUGUGCAACAUGAAAAUAUUGUCCCGGUUACAUUGUGUAAUUUAUUGACGUCCCAAACUAUCCCCAGAGAUAAGCUAUCCAAAGUUAAAUUAAUUUUGCCACGGUGACGUACCAGCUAGCUGAAGCUAAUUCGCGAAACGAUUUUGACGAACUCUUCCCUCCUGCGAACACGCACAAGAGACACUCACAUCAAACCACACCCCGACUGAAUUCAGUCCUGGCCGCUAGCAUUUACUAAUGAACCGAAUCUAAAACGAGGACAAAUCAGGAAGUGCAGUUCAUCGUUAGCAUCUUCAUAGGAGCGUCGUUAAAUCGCCAAGCUGUUUCCCAAAACCAUUACUAAAGUCGCAUUUGAAAUCGACUGCCUCAGAACAGCGAAGUGUGUCGUUAGAUGCUUAAAUUAUUAUUAUUUUAUUUUUUUAACCAUCCUGGUCACUUUAUACACAGAUCAGAGGAUGUCAUCUAAACAGAAUUCGAGAUGUUUAUCUGUCUCACUGUGAACGCAGAUAACUUCAGACCGAAGUUGACUGCUAAAUUGACCGCGAUAUGCAUCAAAUGAAAACCGAGUUGACUGCAUUAAAAGAUGGAUACAGAAAAUAGGUUUAUAAAGGCUACAUACAUAGGCCUUAUUUAAAUCAUAUUGAAAUCCAUUUGAUGUUCAAUCAAUUGAGUUCUAUUUAGCUGGCUAGUCUGUCUGCAAUUUUUGCCUCAAUACAUUUCAUGUGUAAUGUGCGCAAUGAUAUGCCAAAUCUGUGAUUUGUGCAUUAUUAUUGGUUAAGCAUUAGAAUAAACCACCUCAAUAUUUGCAGCCAUUAGGUGAUCAUCUCUCUAGGAGCUGACCGGUUGCCAGUAUUGUGAAAUAAUUAUGUUAAGGUAAGAUAUGAAUAGCGAAAGCGGCCUUUCUUUUUAACCUAUAGGUAUCGAUCGACACAUGCUCCAACGACGCACUUGGCGAACGUUCUUUCUGCGUGGUGUUUUGGGAAACGCAUGUUACAUCUUCCGCCGUUGCAGGAACGAUGCAUCGGUUAAAAUACUUGUACGCCUAAAUUCCAUCGCUACCGGGAAACCAAGCCCUGAAGUGUCUCCCUGGUAUUUCUCCUCCCUUCGAGUAAAUAUUAAGACUGCAUGAGUGUGUUGGACGAACUCUGCACUCCGUGUUUGUGUGUCAGUCAGAGUCCACAUGUACGUCUGCAGCAUUGAGCUACAGACUGGUCCUGAUAUAACGCUCAAAUAUGUCCCGUCUUCUGAGUACAGACAAAUCAAUGUGAAACAAAAAAAUCAAGAAAGCAAGAGGAAAAUAGAUAUGACUGUAAAUGAUAGAAGACUAGAGCAACCAUUAUCUGAUUUACAUGUCCAGUCUCAUUUUUUGUUUGUUGCUUUUUCCCCCCCUUUGAUUAUAAUUAUUAUCUAAGAAUACUGUAGUAUCAUCAGUGAAAUCUUUCUUAUUUGCUAGGCUUAGAACUUGCUUGUGAUUGAUAAUGACAAUGUAUACCUUGUAAAAAAAACAACAACUAAACGGUUAACAAAUCAGAAGAAAAAACAUCGAAAAGUGAUCAGUCCGAGGCCAAGGUAAAGGACUCUUGUUUCUUUGUGUUUUUAUUUUUUUAAUAGCAACUUAUCACUGUGUGAUAUUUUGUACAUCAUAUUAAGCGGUAUUCAAACAAUUUCCUCUAACUACAAGGGAUAAGAGACCUGCUUUUUAUUGAGUUUGUUUUAUUAUAUAUAUUUUUGGAACUGCAUUCUAGCUUGUAUCAAAUUACAGAUUUUCCUUCUCUUUACUUUGCGGGUCUCGUGUUGUAUGUCAUUAAAGAAGAAAAACACAAAAAAUUCUAAUAAAAUAACGAUUUUGUACAGUGAA